AUGCGUAGCAUUUUUUGCCUUUUAGUUAGUUUACUACUUUGUCACCUUGUCUCUGCCGGCGAUGUCCAAUACUCGGUCAUAGCAUUUCCACAAGGAUCACAAUCGGUCGGUGUUUCGGUGGAUGGCAAGAUCCAUCCAUUGGAUCGUAGCAAGCAGUCUCCCAAUCUUUUUACAGGCGCAGCACCCUCACCCUCCAACACAUACCAAUAUGUGCUCAUUGAUGGGCAACAAAACAAGCCUGAGUCAAGUCAACGUAAAAUGAAAGAGGGUACCGUUGGCACUGGCAACGAGUUUUAUGGUCGAUCACAAACCAUCUAUGAUGUACCUGCCCUGCCACAAGCCUUCAAUCCCAUUUAUCCUACUCUAUUUACAAACAUGAAUCGAUCAAACGAGGUGGCCACCAUCAUCCUUCAAACCAGCAACACUACAGGACUCAGUGCAAUGCUCAAAAAUCCUAAAGGGGAUUUGAAAGACGUGCCAAUUGAUCAUAUGACGUACAUUGCUAGUAAUGAGGUGCAUACAUACACAGGGGUUGGCUUUUCCACCAGCGGUCAAUCUUCCAAGGAGUUUGCCAAACAAAGCUAUAAGCUCAAGCUCAACAAGUUCAGCCCUAAAGGUUCACCCAAGGAAUUACUAUUUGGCCGUACCACCCUGAAACUACGUGCUGAAGCUACCGAUAUGACCAUGGUGAGAGAAAAGUUGAUGCUUGAUUGCCUCGCUGCUGCUGGUGGUGCUACUCUCUCUGGAAGCUUUGUACGACUGUACAUCAAUGGUCAGCCAUUUGGAUUGUAUCUCCUAACCGAUGAUGCAUCCACGCACCUUAUUGACAAUAUUUUGCAUGGUGGUGAUUGGAAGAGCACUGCUACUGGUGAAACCGUCAAAGGAAACAGCAUGAAUGAACAACAAGAAGGCAACCUUGAAUACAAAGGCGACGACCUUGCUCUUUACCCUGAAGAUACAUACAAGCUUGAAGAUAAGGGUGAAGACAAGAGCAUCCACAAGAAUAAUUCUUUGGUUCCCUUGAUUGGUUUUAUGCGUGAUUUAGCUGCUCUUACUCCUCAAUCCAGCGAGCAGGAUUGGAACAAGUUGAUGAUCCCCAAACAUACGUUGAUUCAUCUUGCCUUGAACUUUUUGUCAGCAAGCUGGGAUGGACUUUGGUAUCAAGCCAGCAACUACUACAUUAAUCAAGAUCUAAAGACACACCAAUGGGCUAUCAUCACUUACGAUUUUGAUGAGACCUUUGGCAACAAUUUGGAGAACAUGAACCUCAUGACCGUACCCUACCAAGAAUACGCACGACCUAAUUCAUCACGUCCACUAGUGGAAAAGUUGCUUGGAUCACCCCAUUACAAGGCUGAAUUUGAAACAGUGCUAAAGACCAUUGUCAAGCGUUUCUUCAAGCCAUCCGUGAUGGAUGCACGACUUAAAGCGUGGGUCAACAUGCUGAAAGAAGAUAUUGCUUGGGACCGAUCUCUUCAACCACAUUCACCUGGCAAACCCGAUGGUUGGGUAGCCCAAGAUUUCGAGUCGGGCAUGUUCAAGACGACCAAAGAUCAAGUGGGUCUUUUGGAAUACAUCACCAAGCGCUCAGAAGCUGUAUGCAAGCAACUCCAAUUCGAUGACAAGGAUGAUGUACCACCCCUCCCAGCAUACACAGAAGGCCGAUACAUGGAUGCUAAUGGUAAUAUUUCUGAUCGUCCUAAUGUUGGUAAUAAUCGUGGUGCUAUUGCUCCCAAUGGUGAAUCUGCAGCCUCCGAAAGCAUAGCAGCUCCUUUGUUGUCAUUGUCUUCCAUGAUGACAUACUUGACCCCUGCCGCUUCACUUGUUUUCAUUAUUUCCUCCCUCUUUUAA